UCCGUACGUUGGUAGGGCAUGGUGUCUACCGUACUACUGUACAUGCAGGGUGAUUUCCUCACCUCUCCUUCUCAACUUCUUUUUCAUUCUGAUGCCUGUGCCAAAGCUUGCUACUGUAGCUGCAUGCAUCUACAGCGGGAUUCUCUCUACGGGUCGUUGCAGGUUCCUCAUUGCCCCCUCUUUGUCUGGGGCGGUGGCGGUACUAGUACUGCGAGCUGCAAGGGAUGGUGUGGAGGAUGCUAUGGUUGGUCGAGUCUGAGUCUACCGUACUGAGUAUGACAGAGGUAAUAGUAAUAGGUUUCCGGUAGCUUUGGGCUGUAGGACCCGCACUGCCGUACAUGUACCGGUAGGGCGCCGGUACUGUACUGGUAAAGUACGGUGAAAUCUUUUUGGAAAAUACGUAAAAACGUUGCUACUGCAGUAAAAGAAGCUUUUCCAGCAACAGAGAACGUGGUCUUAAUGUUUUGAAUGGUUACAAGUACGUUGAGUACCGUUUAUCAACACCAUUAGUGCUACGUACCGGUAAGUACUCGGAAAGCAUCUAGAGUUACUGUACACUUGUACCAGUGACUGUGACGCUUUAUCGGAACAUGCUGCUAGGUACCUGGUACGCUUCUACCAGGUUAAAGUACUAUGGAACUUGAAGUAGUACUUUACCGGUGUACCUGAGUCUUAUCAAAAUAUAGCCACGAAUACCGGUGAUACAAACUGCUUCGCAGCCGUACUUGUCCUUUAAUUCGCUGUUCCUUCGGCAGUCAUUGUCAAGACAAAUUCAGUCAUUGUAAUUUUCACGUGCACUAGAGUAUUUAAUAGAUCGUCCCCUCACAGUACAGUGUCCACGAUCUUUUCUCUGUCACUUCCGCAUACGGUCUCGCGCUGUCGCGCUGCGAAGGCACAGCACAGCCAGCGUAUCUUCUUCAAAUCCUUCUUUCAGACAGAAUUGGAACGAACGCUCUAUCACAGCUGGUCCACAAUCGCUCACAAUCCAGUUUGUGCCACUCGCACUCCUUGACAACCUACUUUCUUGCAUUCAGUCACCAUGACGGCAGCUUUGGAAUCUCCUCGUCUUGACAAAUCAGGUCGCCGCAAGGCCAAGCGUACCACCAGCGGCGAAAGCACCGGCAGUGUCCGUAGCUCCACCUCGAAGCGUUCGUCCUCUCCGUACCGUCGCACCAAGAGCAACAGCGAGACCAAAAAGACUGGCAUGGAUCCAAACGACAUUUUGGCCAUGUCGUCUCCGUACCGUCGUUCCAAGACAUCGGAGAAAAAGUCGGACAAGAGCUUGAGGAAGAGCAAACAAGAAAAGCCAACGCUUUCUCCUCAUGAAAUCCUUCAACUGCUCGAAAAAGGCGCCAGCAGUGGCGAUGGACAAUUGGCCGGACAAUACUUUGAUCAUGUCAAGAAAACAGCAGUGCCAAUGGCUCCCGUUGAUUUGGACGACAGCGCACGAUUUAAUGCGGCUGCAGAACAAGCCGUGUCCAGACGGUCCGAGGGAUCUGAUCCGUUCGCCGACGGUAAAAUAAUGUCCGCGUCAGAGCCGGGCCGUGGUAGGAGCAGCCGUAGUGAUCGUACUGGCAGGAGCAAAAAGUCCUCCUCCCCCAAGAAAUCUGGAAUGGAAGAAAUCGCAGAAGAUGCCACCAAGUCCAAGAGGAGCUUGAGUCCAGCCCGUACUUUCAUGUCAUCACUGGGAUUCCGACGACAAACCACCACCCCAGCGGCGCCCAGCAAGGAAGAAAGUCCCAAAUUGCGACGACAAGUUACCGCGCCCCAAGCGGCCCCGUCAUCUCCGAAUCGUCGAAGCAAGUCCCCGAGAGACUGCAAAGGCAGUCCCAAUAAUAUGAGAAGCAGCACUGGUGGAAGUUCGACUAGAAAGAGCAAGAAACCUUCCCAAGAUCCCCAGGAUGUGCUCCGAAUGCUAGAGGCGUGUGCCUCCAAGGACGUGGAUCUUGGAAACAUGUACAUGAAAGGACUCAUGGAAACACCCUUGAAGCACGUCAAGAAAUAUAGCGGUCCUUGAAGCACGCACGUCAAGAAAUAUAGUGAUUGGUUGAAUUGAAUUGCAUUGCAGUGAACUCAAAAGUGUUCCCUUGAUAAUAUCUCUCCUACGUGUGGUUGAACCCCAAGUACCAAACCGCCACAGACUUCCUGCAUCGAGCGAUGAGUAAUGGCAGGAACCACGAAACCUACCUGUAGCCCCAUUACACGAAUAUUUAUUUACUAUUCAGCCUUCCUCGAAAGGUUUUCUGUGACUCCUGAGAAAUAUAAAUUGUCUGCUACCAGGAA